AUGGUGUGUGACAUUGUCUGUAGAUCUGUGGUUAGAGAGUCUGAUUACAUGGACCAUGAGCUGGAAAGCGUCUUGGCAGAGGAAAUAAUACCUGCCUGGAAGUAGGAUUGGACAGAUUGGAUAGUACCUGCCUGAAAAAAAGACUGACAAAUUGCUGCAAAAGUCCCAGGACAGUCCCUGUUAUCAGAACAGAAAAGACGAGCAACAUAGCAGUACAAGUUUGGAUCCCUGUUCCCGUUUCUGUGUAUUUCAAAAUAUCUUACUUGAAGGGAUCAGGGUUUGGACUCACAGGUUGACUGUAACGUUGGACUUCAUGAGUAACUGACCUGUCAUCAGCCAAUCCAAAGAUGCAGCAUUCAGAAAAUGUUUGUGGAAAGGAGGAAAAUGUCCAGAAUGGUGAAAAUGACAAAGACACUCAAGUUCCAUAUUUUUUGGAGACUCCUUAUGGUUAUCAGCUAGAUUUGGACUUUCUUAAAUAUGUGGAAGAUAUACAAAAGGGAAAUACUAUCAAGAAGGUGGCCAUUUUAAAGAAACGCAAGUUAAUUCCUCAGUUUUCGGGGGGGAACAAUCCUUCCAAACAGGAUGCUGUAUGGCCUUCUACAGACUCUCUAUCAUCCUCAAACAGUGAUGAAAAUAAGCAGUCUCCUGCCCUAAUAGCCAGGAGACAUACCGUUUCAAACUCUGGAAGGCCCUCUGACUUUCAAGUAGAAUCUCCAAAUUUUCUUUCGAUACCGGAGAAUAAACCUCUGCCGCCUCCUUCUCCCCAACUCCCCAAACACAACUUUCAUGUUACGAAAACUUUAAUGGAAACUCGAAGGAGGCUAGAACAAGAAAAAGUAAUCAUGCAGGUUGCUUCAUCCUUCAAUGAUGUACGUAGGCCUAGGCUUGCCAGUUUUAGUGGUAUGGGCUCUACUGGUUCCCUGUCAUCCUACACUGGGUCCACAGGAAACACGCUAAUGACCCAGCAGAAUGGACACCAAGCCAAUGGGGAUUACAGUGCCUUCUUUGCUUCAUCUCUGGGAAGCUCUAUCCGUCACAGCCCACUAAGUUCAGGGGUAACUACACCGGUUACCAAUGUUAGCCCUAUGCAUCUUCAAAACAUCAGGGAACAGAUGGCUGUUGCACUUAAGCGUUUGAAAGAACUUGAAGAACAAGUAAAAACAAUCCCCAUACUUCAGGUAAAGAUUUCAGUACUACAGGAAGAAAAAAGACAGCUUGUGUCUGAAAUCAAAAGCCAAAAAGUAAGCCAUCAGAAUGAUUCUACAGGGUUCCGCAAACGGUCUUAUAGCGCAGGCAAUGUUGCAGGUUUUGAAAGCCGUUCCCAGGUCAGAUCUAGUGGGGAGUUGCACAUAGACUCUGAUGAAGAAAAGGAGUCACCAGAGCAGAAUUCUCAUACUCUUAAGGAAUUCAGACAACUUACUGCUGAAAUGCAAGCUUUGGAAAAGAAAAUACAAGACACUAGUUUUGAGCCUUGCUGUGAACCUACCCAGAGCAGAGACAACAAAGCGAAGGAAAAAUGUUACAGGUCUGUUGCUGUAGGUGCCGAUGAAAACAUGAAUGACAUAGUUAUAUAUCAUAGGUCCUCAAAAUCCCAAAGGGAGGCCUGUGUUGGAAAUGAAGUAGAACUCAAAAGUAUUGGGGUUGGGGUGACUGAGGAUCUGCUUGGGGUGUCAACAGAAACAGAGAAAGAAAUUGAACUUCAACAGCAAACAAUUGAAGCACUUAAAGAUAAAAUCUACUGGCUAGAAACAGACUUAAAGGAAACAACAUAUGCUAUGGAGAUGACCAAAUUAAAACAUGAACUACAGGCAGCCGGCUCUAGGAAAAAAGCAGACAAAGCAGUAAUGGCUCAGCCUUUAGCUUUCAGCAAGUCUGUGGAAGCUGUUGUAGAAAUGAGGGACCAAAUCACAGGAGAUCAUGUGUAUGUUGUAGAUGUUUGUGUUGGCGAUUGUUUUCAGACGAGUAGUAUUGGUGUUACGUGCAAACCUACCCUUCAUCAUGCAGCUGUAGGUUCUGACUUACCAAUGAAUCACUGGAUUGUAAAAGAGUUUGUAGACACUUGUGACAUGGGCUCUGGGAGGGAUCUUGUAAUGAGUGAUGACAAAGCCCUCGUUGAUACUGGGCUUUGGGUAGAGCAGAACGCAAGACACUUGGAUGUUAAAAAGACAAAGCUGGAAAUAAAAGAGGUGAGGUCUAUAGCAUGUGGAGAUUGUUCUGUUGAUGUUACUAUUAGGCCCUGUUUAGAAUUAUUCUCGCGCGGUAUGAAUACAGACUUUGUGAGCAAAGUGGAUUCUGCCAUUACAGUUUCACCUUGGACAGUUAACCAGCAAACCAACACAGAAAUGGAGUUAACAACUCAGUACACCAACACCGAAGUGCCAAGCCUUGUGCACACAAGCACAAGCAUGGCUAUGACUAUGUCCAGCAAACAAACAAACACUGAAACCGUGGAGCUGCGCUCAGUAGCUAUAGGUGAUGGCAAAGUGAAGGAUAUUAGUGCUUUACCAAAAACACGUUCAAUUGGAAUAUGUACCUCGGAUUCAGAUUUUGAAAUUACAUCUUCAAUACCCAAGACCAAAGAUUUUGGGGUAGGGCAGAUAAACAUUGCAGAUAGUUUUCUGAUUGGUGUGAAGUUGCGAAGCAUAGCAGUUGGCCCCAGUGAGUCUAUUUCCCCCUCUCCUGAUCCAAAGACUGUAGUUGUUGAAGAAGUUAUCUCGCAGGAACAAGCGAGCGAGGUAGUACAGGCCACCGAGUCUAAAUCUGAGUCUUCUGCUGCCUUAGAUCAUUAUAUUGAACGUGUGCAGAAGCUGCUUCAGGAGCAACAGAUGCUUCUUGCAGAGAAUUACAGUGAGCUGGCUGAGACCUUUGGGGAACCUUAUUCACAGAUUGGCUCAUUAAAUUCUCAACUCAUCAGUACUCUGACUUCCCUUAACUCUGUCAUGAAGUAUGGGAGCAAUGAAGAGCUAAGAAGUUCCGACAUCCAAAGACACCCUAUGGAGAUGGACUCUUCGGAAGGAGUGAAUCAUGUUUCCCUUACACAAGUACCGUUCGUCAGUGAGUACACUACUAGUUCUUCCAGAAUGAUCGAUAUCCACCAUAGAUCUGAAGUCACACAACAGGAAAUGCUUAACAUGGUGCAAGUUACAGAGACGAUCUCAGGUCAGCCAGCUGAUCCUAUGACUAGAGCUGGACUCAAAGAAGAAGACCAUUCCUCAGAUAUUUAUGUAAAUACUAGCAGCCAGAAUAAGCUUAAGUCCAUCAUGAAAAGAAAGGAUGAGAAAAAAGAAUCUUCAAACACCAAGAAAAAUCUUCAGUUUGUUGGCAUAAAUGGAGGUUAUGAAACUACAUCUAGUGAUGAGUCAAGUUCUGAUGAAAGCUCAUCAACCGAAUCAGAUGAUGAAGGUGAAGAAGAGGAAGUCUUUAAUGAGGAUUCUGCUGAGAUUUAUAGCGGCAUUGCAAGUAGGCAAAAAGAUUUCACAGGGGAGGAAGAAAAAAAUCAGAAGGAUGUAGAAGAGAAAGAACCAGAAAAAGUAGAAAUUAGAGAAAGAUAUGAGUUAAGUGAAAAGAUGUUAUCGGCUUGCAAUCUUCUGAAGGAUGCAGUGGAUGACCCAAGGGCGUUGGCAACCAAGGAUGUGAGGCUUUGUUUAAACACCAUACAAAACGAGUGGUUCCGGGUGUCCAGUCAGAAGUCUGCUGUCCCAGCAAUGGUUGAAGAUUACAUUGGUGCUUUUACAGAGCUCUCCCCUGCAGUCUUGAGGUACAUCAUCAACAUGGCCGAUGGCAAUGGGAACACAGCCCUUCAUUAUAGUGUGUCACACUCCAACUUUGAGAUUGUGAAAUUGCUGCUGGAUGCAGAUGUGUGCAAUGUAAACCACCAGAACAAAGCUGGCUAUACUCCCAUCAUGCUCGCUGCUCUGGCAGCUGUGGAAGCACCCAAGGACAUGAGGGUAGUGGAAGAGCUGUUUGGUUCUGGGGAUGUAAAUGCCAAAGCCAGUCAGGCAGGUCAGACUGCUCUGAUGCUUGCAGUGAGCCAUGGAAGGAUAGAUAUGGUAAGGGCUCUCCUGGUGUGUGGUGCAGAUGUCAAUAUCCAGGAUGAUGAAGGAUCAACAGCAUUAAUGUGUGCAAGUGAGCAUGGACAUGUGGAAAUAGUCAAGCUGUUACUGGGCCAGCCUGCAUGCAAUGCUGCCUUGGAGGACAAUGAUGGCAGUUCAGCGCUGUCUAUUGCUUUAGAUGCUGGCCACAAAGAUAUAGCUGUUCUCCUCUAUGCACAUGUAAAUUUUUCUAAAGCCCAAUCACCAGGUACUCCUAGAAUGGGGAGGAAGCUUCCACCAAGUCCUACACAGCGAACCCCAUAUGAUAAUUGAUUGUGGUGGAGACAUGACUGAACAUUUAGCAUAAUAAUAUUUUUUAUAAAAGACAAACAUUUUUGCCAUCUCCAAGCUGCUGCUAACUGUUACUGUUUCCAGCGACCGAUACUGAAUGUACAUGUCUUGUGCCUAAACGCACCAGCAGACUGAAGCAAUAUGUGUAUAUAUAUAUGACUAAAUCUUGCAAGUUUAAACUGGAACUUUCUCUGUAUUGUCAUGACUGUGCUUCUGCACAUUGGUCGUAUCAUGGAUACUUAACAAGCAUGUUGAUUGUGUGUGAAAGGCAUUCUUAAAAAAUCCUGGAACUUUAGCUAGGAUUUGUAUUUGCCUUGACACAUCUGAAGAUAAAGUGCCAUAGUGCCUGUUGCAUUAUCCUAAGCUUAAUAUCACUAUUUAUAUGUAUUAAGCUGUUUAUCACCCCUGCUCUACACCUGGCAUUCCGAGGUAUUGCUCAUUUCUGCUUUUAUGCAAUACACUGAGGGCCCCCUGAAGCUGCUACUUAGCUGUGACAGUCAAACGUAUUAACCAUCUCCAACUGGAAGAUCACAAGUUGAAACACUUAUGCCUCCCACCCUCCUCGUUGGUAUGCACCCGUGUUCGGCGAUUGAGCCGCCCUGACAGCUAUGUCUUUUUAAAUGUAAAGUGUAAAAAAGGAGCCUCAGUAGAUCUGAUUGGACUAAAAAAUUAAGUACUGUCUUCAGGACUGGAUGUAAUAUAUAUAUAACUUUUAUAUUGAAGUCUAUAAUAUCUACAAAUGUUAAGUAAUUCAGUGUUCCUGCAUAUAUUUUUUAAUCCGUAAGAGAAGGUGCAUGUACUGUACCUAUAUUUUUUAAAUACAUGUAGUUCUGUGUAUUUUUUUUAAAUCUGACCGCUUGCCUCACAGUUACUGUAUUCACUCUCUGCUAGCAAGCCUAACAAGAUGUUGACGUCUAUGCAUAUUUAUAUAAUAGUACCCUGUCACUUUUCUUCUCGAGUUGUAUGUUUAAGUGUUUGAAGUGCCUUAGACUCUUGCCAUAUUUUCUCAAUAAACUGUCAUCAUGA